UGCCAAAGUCUCGUGCAUGAGCUUCUGCAAAAACUUAUUUUCUUCGAAAUAACGAGGUCUGAGAAUGGAAGAUCCAGUAUUAUAUGGUGAAUUUAGGAGGCAGUUGAAAGCUGUUCAAAUUUCAAUCGGAGUGAAUGUAAAAUCCAUCGAUAAUACAUCUGAAAAAUGUCGACUGAACUCUCCUAAAACAUACAGUAUAGAGGUGAGAUCAGACGCCAUCAUUUUAGUUUGUGACAAACCAUUCAAGCAAUGGACAUUUCUCCUUCCCGAGGGGCUCCAUUCUCUACCUGGAUCCUGCAGUGGACUGGAGUGGAUCCAGGGGGAAGGGAUCCAGAUGAGGCUCCAGCUGGAGACCAGUGAUGAGGAUGAUGGAGGAGAGAAGAGAGGGGAGCUGGACGAAGAGACCGGUGAUCAGUUUCUCAAGGCAUUGUAUGAUCCAAGCUGCGAAGUGACUUGCUCUAGAUGUGGGGCAAUACUUGUUCAACCUGCUAGUGGCUUCAAGAAGGUCCUACCCCUGCCCUCGGGAGACUGGGGUGACAUGGCGGCUGACAUGUGGUGCUGCAAGAGCAAGGUCAUCGCAGAGGAAAGAGGCAAGACGAGCCCUCUACAGUUGACCCCUGAAGAAGGUUGCGUCAUGGUGGAUGACCUGUAUCUCUUAGUCAAUUCAAGGAUGUUGACCAAGGGGUCAGUCCAGAUGGAAGUGAAGAAGAAGACAGUUGCGCCAAAUAAACAGGGGAGAGCUGGUAAAUGGUUCAGCAUACUGUGUCAGAGGUGUGGUUGCAUUCUCGGAUCUAUAGAUAGUUCAGGGGGCAGCAGUCAGUUAGAAACCACCAAGCUAUAUCGCUAUGCAAUCUGUAUCCAACAGAAAGAAAAUGGACUUUCUCAUACCAUCAAUCCUCUUCAACACACCAUAUGCAGCUUGAUGGUCAAACUGUUCAAGACUCAGAUGACCUUCAAGUAUAUCAUUGAGGAUGAAGAGGAACAUAGGCCAAGGUUAUUGGUGUGGCUGUUAGGAAUAGACACCAGGCUUCUAUAUGGAGGAGCGCCAUCUAUUAACAGAGAAGAGACAGAGAAUUCAUCGUCUCAUCAACCUUCCUCUCCUGUACCAUUAGACGGCAGCAGAUUAGAAAUCCAACUGAAGAGUCAACCAAUCGUCAAGGUCCUCUACCAGACAUGCACCAGUGAUGCAGGUCAAAGGUUAGGUGAAGAAUGGAACAAAGACCUAAUGGUUCAUGGCAUUACACUCACCAAGGAAGCGUGUCUGCAACUAGGGUUACUAUUAGCAACCAGUACUCUACAGGCUCCGCCUUCUAUGAGGCAAAUGAAUGGAUUCAUGGUGGGUUCUCUGAAGCUGUGAUGACAGUGUCCAUCUGAUGCAUUACAAGCUGUAGGAUAUUCGAGUCAGAAUCCUGAAACAGUUCAGAGGAUGCAACAGGUCCUGUUGAUGAGAAAGAAGAAGGAUGAAGAAGUAAGUAAACAGGGAAGAAACAAAGAAAGAAGAAAUAAGAAAGAUGGCAGAAGA